AUGAGUGAAAAUAGGUCCUUUGUUAGUUUGACUAACAACAAAAGAGUGAAGAUCACAGAAACGGAGGAAAACACCAAUUCAAGCGGCACACCGUGCAUUCAUGACAAGACCAGCAACAUCCCAACCCCAAGCCCAUACCAAACUAUUUUGGCUUUUGACAGCUCUGAAGAAAUCACAGCAGUUGAACUUCAAAUACUGAAUUCAAGACGGAAAUUAAGCGAGGAAGGCCCUGUCUCAGCCCAAUUGCUAGUAGGCUGCAUUAUCAGCGACCAGAACCAAGCGCUGCUCGUGAAUGGAUUAGAGAUCUACCAUAGAGACGCCAGCGUUGAUCAAUAUUGUGAAAGGGUGUUGAGAAUCUUCUGUGCCAACGCUUUUGUUCCAAUACUCCAGUCACCUACAAGUCUGCAGAGUGACAACUGA